AUGACAGAAGAUUUACCAAUGGAUUCCCCUCCAUCAUCACUACCCCAAACUCCCCCGUCUCAUACAGGCACGGUGCCUCGUUCGGGCUCUCCAAUCCCGUCAGAUUUGCGGCAUCGAGUCCCAGCCAUAUUUGGUGGGCAUCCCCCUUCUUUUAUGGAAAAGAGACGAAGUUCUAUAGUUAUGGGGCAGCGUUCUGUAGACUUACUCAUGGAACAGCCUGGCGAGCCUAUGCCUCGUUUUGUUAUUUUUAUCAUUCGAUGCUAUCGGAGAUGGGGUUAUUUCAUUGCUGAUCAUAGUUUAAAGGCAAUUCUCAUUUGUGUAUUAAUCAGUCUUGUUUGCCUGCAAGAGAAUGAUAUUACUGGUUAUUCUCCAUAUGGAGCAAGAGCUAGACAAGAAUUUACUCGUUAUCAAGAAUUUUUUUCUCAUGAUGGACCGGGUAUUACUGUUUAUAUUUUUGCUUUAGCUAAGGAUGGGGGAAAUAUGCUCAGGGAAAGAUACCUCAAUGAAACAGUUGAAAUUUUAAAUUUGGCAAAUGAAAAUGUGACUUUACAACAAAAUGGCCAUAACAAAAGUUUUGCUCAAUUUUGCCGCAGUUUUUGUAAAAUUAACGAGCCUGUUAGGGGCUUUUAUAAUGGCUUUCGACUUCAACUAGAAUCUAUAGCUAUGGGAAAUAAACCUAAUUCAAGAAUUAAAUUAAAUUAUCCAAAGUCUCAAAUUAUUGGACACACUUUUACUUUACAACAAAGCUUUUUUGGUGUUGAACGUUAUAAUUAUACAAAUGAAAUUGAAGAUAAAAAUAAUUUUAAUUUAACAGCUGCAUUACUUAAAGUAAAAGCUGAUGAAGAGGAGGAAGAAAAUAAAAAUAAAACAAAUAUUUUAAUAAAACAAAAAGAAUCGAAGAAAAAUAGAACUGAAAGGGAUAUUGAAAAUGAUAAUAUUUUAAAUUUAGAAAAUAAUUCAACGACUAAAAUUACAAAUAUAAAAUCGAUAAAAAUGGUUGUAUUACAAUUUCGAGCAGAACAUGAAAAUGGGUGGACUAGUGAAAUUGUAAAAACUUAUGAAAUGGCAAUGGUUAACCGAUUUGAAAAGGAAUACAAAUCUGAACGUUUAAAGUUAUAUGUAUUAUCAACAACUUAUGUACGUGCUGGAAUUUCAAUGGUUCCUUAUUUGUCUGUUGGUUUUUUGUUUAUGGUAGCCUGCUCAGUAUUUUUUGUAUUAAAUCGUGCCAUUUAUAUGCAUCAAAAUAGCCCUCCAAAAAUAUUUUUGGCUAUAGCAAUUUGUUUUUUGCCUUUUAUGUCUUGUGCAACAGCACUUGGUUUAAUGUUUAUUUGUGGACUGAGAUUUGCUUCAAUUUUGUGUGUUAUCCCUUUUUUAGUUCUUUCAAUAGGCGUUGAUUCUUCUUAUUUAAUGAAUCAUGAAUGGCAAAGUGUUAUUAAACAUUGCCGUGAACAGCCAAAUAGAAAAAAUUUAAAUGUUGGUUAUCGAGUAUCUCAAGUUCUCUCAGAAGUUGGGCCAGCUAUAUUAAUUUCAAUGUUAACCAAUGUGUUUGCUGAUGGGAUAGGUGCCAUUACAUCCUCUCCAGAAAUAACACUUUUGUGUGUUGGAAAUUUAAUUUCGAUGAUUAUUGCUUUUAUUUAUCAAAUGACUUGUUAUGCUGGUUUAAUGUCUCUUGUAGGGAGAUAUGAAAUUGCUUUAGAAAAACGAGAAAGAAGGGAAAUACAAGAAAGUAUAAGAAAAGCAAUUUCUAAUGGCUCUUCUCAAAUUGGGAUUAAUAAUAAUAAUAAUAAUUGCGAAUUAGGAUAUGGAAAACAUCAAUCUUUAAAUAGACAACAAAGCAAAUUUCACGAACAUACAAAACAUUAUAUUAGCAAAACAAUAACUUUUUACAUAAAAGUAAUAUCAAAGCGUGUAGUUGCUUUGUUUGUUAUUUUUAUUUAUUUUGUUUAUGUUGGCUUCUCAAUUUGGGGAAUAACUAGAAUGAAUAUUAAUUUAACUACACAAAAAUUAUUUGCAGAAGAUUCUCCUUUAUUACAAUUGGAUAAAUUACGUGUUAAAUACCAAGUACCUCAUUUUAUGAUGGCCACAGUUUUUAUUUGUGCACCAAAAAAUUUAAGCAAUCCUGAACGACUUGAAAAAAUGAAUAAUUUUGUUAGAGAAAUGGAACAACUAAAUGGAACUUGGGGACGUUCUUGGGGAACUAUUGGCACUCAAUACUUUGUUAGAGAUUUUAUUACUUUUGAGAAAAAUUUUGGAGGCAGGCAAAAAUUUUAA